AGUACGGAGAUUUCCUGAUCUGACGAAACGCGGAGGAACUCUGUAAUCGCACGCACGUGUUUUUCGAGCGAAUCUGGUUUACGAUUGUUGAGGGCGACGGACAGAUCGACAAAUGUUUGAUUUUAUCGCGACGAUCGAGACAGAUUGAACGGAUGAGGCCGAACGUAUAUUCGUUGAUACAUCAUGUUGUGAAAUGCAACAGUUGCACGUUGCUGUCUUUUGCGAGUAAAACUUCGAGCUUUCUGCGACAUUGGUCGCUUCGUUACGGUUACACCAUGCCGCGUUCACCUUCGCAUCUGUAUGACAUGCAAAGAGCGAGGCAGAAACUUAAAGAGAAGUCGGCAAAAUACACCUCCAAUGCGAGAAUUUCCUUACAGAUUUUGGGCACCGGAGCUCACGGCGCGCCAAGAUGCGUUUACUUGACAACGGGUCACACCAGGUACAUCUUUAACUGCGGCGAGGGAACACAAAGACUGGCUCACGAGCACAAAUACAAGUUAAUAAAACUGGAGCACUUAUUUGUCACGUCGGCGUCUUGGAACAAUUUGGGUGGCAUUCCGGGAAUGCUUCUGACAAUACAAGACGCCGGAGUGCCAAAAGUCACAGUGCACGGUCCCAAAGGAACCGUGGAAAUAUUUGAGGCGAUUAAAAAGUUUGUAAUAUUGCAAGCUCUGAAGAUCGAGGAAGCCAAAUGUGACGUUGCUCAGCCGUACACAGAUUCGGUAAUGUCUGUUUCUUAUGUUCCCAUUGCAAAGUCCGCUCCGAAAGAGGAGGAAAAGGAAUCCUUUAAUAUAGGAGAAGAAGUUGUUGACACAAUCAAUUACUACGACUACAAAACCAAUAACAAACGAGUACCUGAUAAAAUAGAAGAGAACCAGAAGAAGAUGCAGAAGAUGGAACAGAAGCCUGUGGAAAAGAAGAGGAUAUCCAGCGUGGUGUCCUACAUUUGCAAACUGCAUCCUCGACCAGGCAAACUGUCCUUGGAGAAGUGUGUGGAGAAAGGAGUGAAACCCGGUCCGCUGUUCGGCCAGCUUAAAUCCGGCGAGGACAUUACUCUUCCCGAUGGUACCGUCGUUCGCAGCAAAGAUGUCUGCGAGCCGGCUAUACCCGGUCCUACUUUUCUAGUCGUGGAAUGUCCAUCGGAAGAUUACCUGGACUCGUUUGUGAGUCAUCCCAGCUUUGUUCGACAUCAAGCACCAACGGAAAACAAGGACGAUUCGCCGUGUUGCGUCAUUCACUUCACGCCUCAGAAAAUAAUGGACAAUCCUCGCUACGUAGACUGGAUAAAUAAAUUCGGUCUCAAUACGCGUCACAUAGUUGUGAACGAGGAGAAUCAAUGUUUGGGCACCGAGGCGGUUCACAGACAUCAGCACAAACUUCACAUGCUGCAUUCUGAGAUAUUUCCUUUCCUGAACGAGGAGAGCUUCAAUAAGGAAACACGAGCGGAGGACUUAGCCAUCAUCCAUCGGCCUAGAACGCAUUACACCGUUCAUUUGCAACCGGAAUUGAAAUUCGACGCGACAAACGAGGUGUCGCUUCAUCCAAAAGAAUACAUAAACGAGGUCUUCGAGAACGACGGUUUCUUAGACGCGUUGGCUGAGCUACAGACAAACAUCAACGCUCGAACGGAGAAUUUCUUGUCCAGAAACAGUUAUCCAAAGAUCAUUAUGCUGGGUACCGGGUCCAGCAUUCCGAGUAAGGUCAGAAACACGAGCGGCAUAUUGCUACGAGUGGACGAGAGUCACAGCAUGGUGCUAGAUUGCGGGGAAGGCACUUACGGUCAAAUCGCGAGGAUCUUCGGAAGAUCCGAGACGGACAACAUCAUGAGAACGAUCAAAGGAAUAUACGUGUCGCAUCUGCACGCGGAUCAUCACAUCGGUCUGAUAGGUCUGCUGAAGGAAAGAGAGAGGGUCACGCAAGACCCUUUGUACGUGUUCGCGCCGGGACACAUCGCCGCUUGGCUACAGAUGUAUCACAAGCGUUUCGAACCGAUUUUGCAUCGAAUAAUGCUGAUAUCGAACAGCGAGUUCUUCAUGGACAUACACAUGCCCAUGGAUAAGAAGUACAGAGACAUGUACAAGACGUUGAACGUGCAAGCCAUCAGGACGGUAUACGUCAAGCAUUGUCCCUACUCUUACGGUGUUUCCGUGACGCUCAACAAUGGAAAGAAAAUAGUGUACAGCGGUGACACCAUGCCCUGUGACAAUCUUGUAAAACUCGGUCAAGAUUGCGAUUUGCUGAUUCACGAAGCCACGAUGGAAGACGAUCUGAUAGACGAGGCGGAGUUCAAGUUUCACUCAACGGUUUCGCAAGCCAUAAAAGCGGGCGAGCAAAUGAGAUCGAAAUUCACGCUGUUGACGCACUUUAGCCAACGUUACGCAGUCAUUCCUCACUUGGCGCGGAACGAGAACGAGCCGAGACUGAGCAACGUCGGUAUCGCGUACGACAACAUGCACAUCAACUUCUCGUACUUGCCGCUUCUGCCCUUGAUGUAUCCGGCGUUGAAGUUGAUGUUCAACAAGUAUUACGUGGAGAUAGAGGAACGAGCCAUUAAACGACAACGCGUGGCGACGGAUUAGGAUAAUAAAAUUAUUGUUUUAGAUUUGUUUAUGCAAUAAUUGCAUAAUAAUUGUUGUCUGCAAUUUCAACGUGUCGAUCGAAUAACUUGGUUCCUGACUGAGCGCACACAACUUUGAUCACAAUCGACGAUUGGAAUUCGACUACUCGCGAGAGUGCCAGACUGAUUGGUGAUCUUCACAUCCAAGGCCUCUGGUUUAUAUUUUGUAUUGACAAUUGUAAAAAAAAAAUUCUGCCGCUUUUGCCUUACUAAGAACUGUCUGAAACGAUUCUUCGUUUGUUAAUUGCAAACAAAUAAACGAGAUUGUAAUAAAUGCAGUAGAAAUUUUAGCAACAGUUUUGUUAUAACUGUUUUACUUUUUAACGUAAAAAAUAAACUCAGUACGUAAACACGCAAACAUCUCGCGAUAUUUUCACAGAAAAGUAUCACCGAGAAAUGUUUGUCGUGCAAAUAAUUUUUAGCAUGACGGAUGAAUUGUUUUAUGUAUAUCGCGCCCAAUCUGUUUCUUCCACAUCUUCCAUAAUUUUUCGAGUUACUUCCUUGGAACAAUUUGUAAAACAACGAAGACACCCUGUAUAUUAUAUUUUAAUACAUAUAGUAAAGAUUAAUCUGUCGAGUAUCGGAGGAUUAUGUUUCAAAUAGACACCUCACUUAAAAAAUCUGACCAAUAAAAAUGUUAUUACAUUCUUUAAUUUAUUACAUUCAUUGUUCUCUUAAUGCGUUUUCUAAUAAGUAAAAGUAGUUAAAAUGAGAUUGCCACUUAUUACAAGGAGUACAAAUAUAUGUGUGUGUGUGUGUUUAUAUGUUUGCGUGUGUAGGUCGUUAGUAGAUCAAUCGUAUCCGACAUAUGGUUUACGCGAUCGAGUAAAAUAACAAUGUAUGUGUGUGUGCGCGCGCGCGCGCGCGAUGAUUUUCGGGUUUAGCAUAUGUAUAAAUACGUGUUUUCGCGGCGUCUCGAAGUGUGUGUUUUAAAAAUUAAGUGACGCGCGCGAGGCGUGCACGGGAUAGAUAUGCCACGUUAUUAUUACAGCGAUGAAAUAAUGACGAGAGACAAACGUAUUGUAUACUUACAUGAAAACCGACAUAAGUAUACGUGUCUCGAAAUGAUCUCGCACUUAAAAUCGUAUAUAUAUUAGGAAAUCCACAAAUCCACAUGAAAAAGAAACACAACGUUCAAUCUCCCCGUUUCGACUCGCUCUGAGAAUACGAUAUAUUAAAAUCUAUCUUCUACUAUGUCUCUAAAAACCACACGCGUGUGUGUGACGACAAUCGACCCCUCGUCGAAGUGUCGUCGCUCUCAAACAAAGAAAGAGAGAGAGAAAAAACCAAACAAAAGCGAACAGAAACGCGAAUUCAUUUGUGCUGCUGCUGCUGUGUUGCAAAUCUUUCCAUCACCCUUAAAGCCUUAGUUCGGCAUAGUUGACUUAUAAAUAUAAAUUGCGGAAGGCUGAUAAUACAUGUUGGUUGAAGCGUACGCGAGGAAUUGCAAAACUCGAUGUGCGUUUUUUUUUCUUUUCCUAACUUGUGACCGCAACGUAACGAAUGUGUGUGUGUGUGUAUGUGUAUGUGUAUGUGUUGUUGAUUGAUUGAUUUUGGCAGUAAAUUGCAGGAGGCUGCUGACCCGGUCGGAGCAGCGACAUCGGAACGAAACUAUCGGAAUUUGACUCUGCGUCUUUUUUUCAAGUAUUGUAUAUUUCUUUAAAUAAUAUGACUAAUAUAAAAUACGCCCCUAACGGUAGCAAAUAGUCGCGCGUUGCCACGCUGCGAGCAACUGGACUACUUCGCGGAGUGACCUUUUAAUGAACGCGUUUAUCAAACUGUCGCGCGCACACACGCACACGCACACGCACACGCACAUAUACACACAUACGUAAGACGAAUUUUGUAAAAUAAAUAAAUCACACACUUUCUCAUAAUAGAACGAACUUUCGUCGAUUUUACGAGAGAGAAAGAGAGAGGAUCAUCAUAAAAAUUAUCGCGCUCGCAGCGUGGCAAGUCGCGCGUUUACAAUAUAUGUAUAUAUAUAGAUAUAAAAGUGUGUUACGUAUAAAAAACAGACCGUACAGACAGUUACAGUAGUCCAAAUGGCCGGUCUCGGACGUUUCUCGGACCCUUGCACAAAUUACCUGGAUUGCAAAUCGAACAAAUCAGUCAGUCUUGAAUGUAUUGCGGAUUCAAAGCGUUUUUUUUUUUUUUUUUGUUUU